AUGCCGGCGGGGAUGAAACCGCUGGAGAAGUUCCUGAAGAAGCAGACCACAGCUCUGACCCGGGCUGGGGGCUUUGUUGGUGGGGUGACAGACAAGGCUAGUGGGGGGACUGGGGCGUCUCGCAGGAGGGCCAGCUUGUCCCGGGUUGUACCGUUCUUCAGGGAGACGUCACCGGAGAGCGGCCAGGCUCGGGAGGUGUUCAGCCCUGACAGUGAAGACCCCCCUUCAUGGCCCUCAGCCACAGGGACCGGUCUCGUCUCGGUGCCCAGCAGCGCUAACGGCUCAGGUUCCGGUUCUGGCUCUGGCUCUGGUUCUGGAGGAGGAGACGUGCGGAGUCCGUCUCUGUCGAGCGACGAGCAGAGCUCCGAGGCGAGCCUGAUCACUGAGAGCAGCAGCAGUGGGGGGGGGGGAGGAGGAGGAGGAGGAGGAGGGACGCCUCUUCCUCCUGACACUCCGGAAAACCUGACGCUGGCCGUGCUGGAUAGCGUGGCGGGUAAACGUCACGCUCACUGCAAAGAAACUCUGCUGGAUGACUUCAUGUUGACACAUCCCAUCUUCCUGACGGCCGACAGGUUUCAGCAAGUUCUGCUGCAGCAAUUCUCUCUGGAGACGGAGGUGAAGGAAGGAGACGGGGGAGGGAGGGAGGCAGAGGACGGAGGAGAAGAGGAGGAAGACGAUGAAGGGGAGAGUGAUGGGACGCUGGACGGAGUGGAGAGGAAGCAGGCGGUGCUGAACGUGGCGUUUCGGUAUCUGGAUACCUACAGAGAACUGCUGCAGGAGGAGGGGGAGCGCAGCAACAACUUUCCUAAGGAGCUGUACCUGUGUGCGGUUCAGGAGUUGAGUCGUUACCCUGAACUGGUGGAGGACGUCCUCAAACUCCAGAGAUGGACUGAGAUCUUACACUGCCCGUCUGAAGAGGAGAAGGAGAGCAGGAAGAAGCAGGUCCGUCCUCUGUUCAGACACUUCAGACGCAUCGACGCCUGUCUGCAGCCGAGAGAGGCCUUCAGAGGCUCAGACGAGAUCUUCUGCAGGGUCUACACUCCGGAUCAUUCCUACGUCACCAUCAGGAGCCGUCUGUCCUGUCGAGUCGGAGAGAUUCUGGCUCUGGUCCGAGAGAAGCUCCAGUACAGUGAAGACCAACCAGUCCUACCUGGACACCUCAUACUGGUGGCUGUCACAUCAGCAGGAGAGAAGGCAGUGUUUCGUCCUAGCGAUGAGGCCGUCUUCACCACACUGGGAGUCAACACACACCUGUUUGCUUGUGAACCUUCUGAGCUCGACUCAUUGCUUCCUCUUCCUGAAGAGAUCCACUGGACUCCAGGUGACAGUAAGCUCCACGACAUGUCAGCAGAGGAGGUGGCCAAUCAGCUGGUGGUGUUUGACUGGGAGCUCUUCAGCUGUGUGCAUGAGGUGGAGUUUGUGUGUUAUGUGUUUCAUGGUGAGCAGUCCCGCUGGCGCCCUCUGAACCUGGAGCUGGUCCUGCAGCGCUGCAGCGAGGUGCAGCACUGGGUCGCCACAGAGAUCCUUCAAUGCCAGUCUCUACCGAAGAGGAUCCAGCUGCUCCGCAAGUUCAUCAAGAUCGCAGCUCUCUGUAAGCAGCAGCAGGACCUGCUGUCCUUCCUGGCCGUGGUUCUGGGUUUAGAUAACCCGGCUGUCAGCAGACUUCGACUCACCUGGGAGGGUCUGCCGGGGAAGUUCAGGAAGCAGUUUCAGCAGUUUGAGAGCAUCGCGGACCCAUCCAGGAAUCAUAAGUCCUACAGAGACCUGAUCACCAGCCUGAGACCUCCGCUGAUCCCCUUCACUCCUUUGCUGCUCAAAGAUUUGACAUUUCUUCAUGAGAGCUGUAAGACGUUUCACGGUGACCUCGUCAACUUUGAGAAGAUGCAUAAAGUGGCAGAGAUGGUGAGGAUGAUCAGACGGUACCGGAGCAGCCAGCUAGCCAUGGAUACGGAGACGUCCCCCUCCCACCUGCAGACGAAGGCGUACGUCCGGCAGCUACAGGUGAUCGACAACCAGAACCUUCUGUUCGACAUGUCCUGCAAACUGGAGCCCAAAGACACAUAGAGGAAAAGGAGGAGAGGGAGUGUAGAAGAAGAAGAGGAGGAGGAGGAGGAAGACAUUUGGACUCAUUUUGUCAAGCUGCUUUUUUUCUGAAACCUUAACAAUGAAACAAGCAAACAGAUUAAGACGGUUCAGGAAAGAUUCUGACACAAACUCCUCUUUCUCAUUGAUCUUCUCUGCCAUGAACCUCACUUUGAUUGGAUUUGAAUUAGCCUCCCUGUUUACCUCCUCUUCCUCAGUGAUCCCUCCAUCAGCAGCCUCAGAAACGUAGAGGGACCCUGAACUCAUCCUGAGAUGUUACUUCCACUGCAUCAGAUCACUUUCACUGCAGAGGCCCCUGAACCUCGGAGUCUGAAACAGUGUAGGAACCUUUUUAAGAUUUUAAGAGCCUAUGAGUGAAGACUUUUGAUUCCUCAGCAGACUGAGGCGCUGUGUUCGAGAACCUCUGAUGUGUGUGGAUGAGAUGGUGGUGCAGGAAGGGUUCAAGUCAUGGAGUGUAUCUGAUGAGUGGAUCUGGCUUUCUGAUUAUUUAAAAAAAAGGCUGGAAGGGCAAAACCACAAAAUUUAAGAGAGGAGAAAAAAGUCUUCCUAACAUGCAGCGAAUAUGCGACAUCGAGAGCCUGUCUUUUAAAAUUUCAACACCACAAACAUGUUUAUUUAUUAAUCUAUUUAUGUAUUUAUUUAUCACUGCUGUCAAGGACUCAUGUUUAUGUAAAUUAAACACAAAAAACAAACAUCAUGAAACUUAAAGCUCCUGUGAGGAGGUUUCUUCUGGUGAUAAAUAAAGCUCAAAUUCAUUCUGAUGCCUCUCUUCAUGGCCUACAAUGGCAAUUGAGACCAUAAUAGAGAUUUUGUCUGUUAAGUAAUGGUACUCAAUUUUUACCCCUUCAGCGGGGUAGGUGUCAAACGAGGAAAUUUACAGCAAGCUGUAUUUACACUUUUUUGGGGUGAUUUUUCAGUGCCAAAUACUUGGAAUUUAGACAUUGAAAAUUAAAUCGGAUUAGAUUUUCAGCAAAAAAAAGCACUUACCCAUGUAUAAAAUAUUAUUUUUAGGUAGUUGCUGUUUUGUCCACAGGGGGCACCAAAAUCCACACAAACAAAAAUGUUGUCACAGGAGCUUUAAUCUGCUUAAUUACCUUCCAUUAUGCCCCCUGUCCUUAAAUAUCUGAGUUUGCAGAAACCCACAACAGCUUUUUAUACAAGAUUGAAGGGGAAGACAUCUUUCUGUACAUAUUUUUUCUUCUUUUCUACCUUAAAAGACAUCAAAAAUCCUUAUUUUGAUCAUUAAACAGCACUUUUGUUCUUUUAUGAUCUCUGGCUUUAGGUUUUCAUAGCAAAUCUACCUAAACACAGAUCACCUAUGCUUGUUAAACACACGCAGAAAGACAAACAGAAGUAAUUGCAAUAUUCAAGUCAGAAAAAAUCUUUCAUAUCUGCAAAUUCCAAUGUUUUGUUUUUUUUUAUGCUGAUAUCUGCUGAUAUGCUGAUAAUAUUGUGCAUGCCAAUUUAGAUUUGUCUUUACUGUGUAGGGAUAGGGAAAGUAUCAGUACAACAAUAUGAUAUCAUUAUUAAAUUACUGGUGCCAAAUAAUUAUAUCAGUUAUUUUCAGUUGGUGCUUUGGACAUGUUUCCUUGCCAGUUUAACUCAUGAGCUCAAUCCCAUUUCCCAAGUUUUACCCAGAUCCUUCGGUGAGCCUUAGUUUCUAACCCUAGCAGUAAAGUCUCACCCUAUGGGACCGGUAGUCAUCAACAGCAUUUACAUAAACUGAUAAGACGACUUUACCGAACACUUCUACUACAAUCAUUAUUUCUAUGCUUGUUCAAAAUCAGAAAGGCCAUAAUACUUUGAAAUAAUAUUAAAUUAAGAUAUUCAAUUGUUUAACCUGACACACCAGAUAGACUGUUUCAUAUAUCUGUUUCAGGGAUAUAUUGGUGAGUUCUGUAUAUCUUGGAAGUCGGAUGCCAGAGCUGGGAAUUGGCAAGCCAAGCUUCAAUAUGCUAACCUGAGCUAUACAGGUUAGCCACUGUCAUAGUAAAGAGUGAAGCUAAUCAGUGGCUAAAAUUCAUGCUGAAGCCUAUCAGGAGCAAAAACAUUGUCUCUGCUAAGAGAAGCUUUCAUUGUGGCUUUUUGCUCUUGUUUUCAUACAGAAAUGUGAUCGACGUCUGAUUAAACUGCCGCUUUUCUACAGCUACAUCUAAGCUAAUAGCUACCAUGGCGAUAGCAACUGUUUACACCGCCUUACAAUAAAACUCUUCUUCCCACCCGUAACGAUUGCAAACUAACGCUGAAACGGGUCAGCAGAAGAGUGAAAACAUCUUUCAGUGCUGUUCUUUGCUCUUUCUGAUAAAACUGCUGCUAUACUUUAGCUACACCCAAGCUAACCACUACACUGGAGGCAGCCAUUGCUAUCGGCUCACAGUACAAUUUAACCCCGCCCAUAGCUACCGCCUUGUUGUGUAAUGUUGUGGAUUGGUGUUUUCCAAGAUGCACUUGCCUGAUGACAGACAGACUUUGGCCAAUCCAUCUGCCUUGCAACGUUUUAGAUUGUUAGUAUGAUUUAAACAUCUUGCCAAUGAUUCACAAGAUUCUGGGAGAUUUUCCAUAAAAUCAGUUUGGAGAUCCUUCAGAAAAUCACAAUUUCAUUGGCUAUGCAGCCCUAGUACUUUGCUUUACCCCUCCAUUCCAAAAAAUUUGGGACAACCCGCUUCGGGCGGGCAAGUGAGGUAUUGGGAUUGAGCCAUGGUGUCACUGAUUCAUAACCAAAGACAACGUUAACAACAUCAUUAAAAAAAAAGGUUAGUUUAUAAUAUCAAUUAAUGCAGAAUCACUGCCACAUAUAUCAUAUCAUGAGAUACCCUGUAAUCCCAUCCCUAUUAUAAAAUGUUUCAAGAAACUAAACAUCAUAUCUAAGAUUAUCACAAGCUCAGAGCGUUCUUUUUAAACAGACAGACCUUCAGGGUAAGCUUUUUAGACCCAAAAAAUACAAUAAAUGAUAUGAAAAUAAUCCAAGAUCAUAAUUAAUGAGGACAGCUGGCUUAGUUUUUGCUCACUCGCUGCAUGUUAGGAGAAGAUGAUUAGGAAAGUUUUAUCUGGAUGAAAUGAAACGUAAUGUGACCAGACAUUAUCAGGAGACAAAUACAAACUAAACUCCAGAAAAAGGCCAAAUUCAAUAAAAUUGGACAGGAUGGAAGGAGGAGAAAUGAAUGUGUUACAUCAUUUUUCCUUAUUUCCUGCACUUUGCCUCCUCCUGUGGCGAUUGACCAAUCAGAUUAGAGACAAUCUGACCACCGUCUUCAAGAGCCAGUUCAGCAUAAUGUGGACAGAGGCAGCAAAUCGAAGGAAAAUACCAACAAACUGCACAUCAUCAAACUCUCUUUGGGAGGAAAAACACUGGAACCAUGAUGCUUGAAAUCGAUCAAGCAGAGAAGAGAAGCCGCCAUGUUUACGUCUCUGAAUGACAAUAUGCAGAUGGAGCAGAUGUUCAUGACUGAGGAUGUACAAGCUGACAAAUUCCUCAUUUUUAAGACAAGAAAAUGUGGCGCCAUAUCAUGUUGUUUUCUACUGGAUUAAUUCUCUGACUCCUAAUGUGCAACUUAAGUCUCUGCAGGAGCAAACACACAAAGUCAUGCAUUGCAAAAUCUUCCCAGGAACCAUUCUGACGCAGGUGUAACCACAUUUCAGGCUCUUUUAUGCCAAACAGAAGACAAAACAGACUGUUUUAUCGAUCCACAUAGGCUGGUUUGUGUCUGUGGUUUACAUCGAAGGUUCGCGCUCUCAGGCUAACCUCUGAUAUUCCUCACAAACAUCAGGAACUUGUUUCUUUACGCUGAUUCCUCCCUCAUUUACCUACACAGUGGCGAUGCGUUCACAGGCAGCAUCUGUGACUGACUUGAACACACUUUAAGAUACGGUCACGGUGCGUUCACAGAUCACAUGAGGGGACUUGGUGAAGGAGGAUAUUUCCUCGCUGGAUCAGAGUGUGUAGAUGCUGGUUUUCUACAGAAUGUGAUCUCAAUUUUCAGUCUAAAGACAUUUUUAUUUCAGGACUUUAAUAGAUGUCUCUCACAGAAAGGUUGGAAAUUUACUCCUAACUCACUUUAAAGGGCCAUUCUGCUGUUUUUCUAUGUUUAAACCGAUUUACUACUAAACAUAUACACCCUGUAUCCAAAAAUCAAUGCUCUGGUUUAUAUUUCUACAUUUAGGUUAACUCUAGACAGCCACAGUUUUCACUUAAUCUCUACAAAAACACAUUUUCUCUUAUUUGAAUCCAAUGAAAUUCAAUGUAUAUUUUUGGGAAUUUUUCAAAGAAAAUUCCCCUUAAAAUUUCUGGUCAGAUCACUGUAAAAUUAAAGUACAUUCCCCAAAAUCCAGAACAAAAACGAUGGGAAAUUCCCCCAAACAUCCAGACAAAUUCCAUGAUUUUUUUUUUUUUUUUGUUAAACUUUUUGAUCUUGUUGAUGUUGGCUUCUAUUACUUUCUUGGUUAGACUUUGCACUCUUGAAUAAUAAAGCAUAAAAAAUGAAAAAAAAAAAAAAAAUGAAUGUUAGCAAGACCCCAAAUUUUCCAGAAAUUUGCAAAUAAACUUCCUAAAUUUCUCUGGAAAUUCCUAAGAAUUUCAAAGCAAAUACCCACCCAAAAUUCAAAUCAAACUCCCCAAAAAGUUAGAAAAACAUCUUCCAGAUUUAAGUCAAAGUGCUUGAAAAUUUUUAAAUUCCUUCAAACAUCCAAAUUUCUCAGAUUUACAUGAAAAUGCAUUAUAAAAGAAAUCAAAGUAAAUUUCCCCCAAAACUCCCAAAGAAACUCACCAAACAUAUUCCCCAAAUUUCUGUCAGAAUACUUGAAAAUUUCCAAGCAAGUUCCCCAAAAUAUCCAUGACAAUUCCUGAAAAUUUCAUAACAAAUUCUCCUAAUAUUACAAACAAAUUACUUAAACAUCAAUCAACAUUGAGGACAAUCAUCUCAAAAAAUGCUAAUAGCAGAAAUUGUUACAAUGUUGUAGAAAAACCAAGCGAUGCCUUCAUAUAUACAUGCAGGGUCUUAGGAGGUAAAGAUUAUUAGAUCGCAAUAUCAUACCCCAAGUUCUGCCCCACAAUGCAUUGUGGCUCCUCAGUCUAUGAAAUGGCAGAGCUUGCCAAUCAAAGAGAGGUGUAACUACUUACCUGACCAAAGCCAGAAAAAAAAAAAAAAAAGGAAUCACAAUGUUUCCACCAGAAGUCUAGUUAAGGUGAUUGUUUAUUGAGCAAUGGCCCAUGUGUCUAGACUUUGGACACCAAUAGGCUGACAAGUUCGCAUGAUGGAUUGGUGUAGUCAAUCCAUUAUGGCAAAAAAAAUUGCUUAUUUGUUGUAAUUUAACCUGAAGAUUUGAAUAUUCUGGUGUAAAUGGUUUAAAACAUACAAAAACAUGUAUGUAUGGCCCUUUAAGAAAGUGAUCAAAAAGGAUCACAAGCUGAUUGGACUGAUAGUAAUACUCCAGCCAAUCAUCUGUGUUGACAGGAUGACAUCACACCAGAGAGACAAAUACAAACAUUCAAAGACAGGACUGGAAAAAUCUUCUCAGCGUUUGUAUCUAACUGCUGUCACAUCUGAACGACCAAUCGGCUUUAAAGGAAGGACCCGAUCUCGCCCAUAGAGCCGGCCUGCUAUUGGUCGGUUCAGCAGAUGGGCAGGUUUGAAGGUCCAAGGCAAUAAGAGAGCGACUGAAAGUGAAGCUGGUUGGUCAAUUUAUCGCCGCAACGAAGCACUUUUGCCAAACCUCAGGGCUCAGAGACACAGAGAGGUUUUGUUUACUCUUUCUUCUAGAUUUUCAGUCGGUUCAGUUGAGUCCAGUUGUGUUGCGAUCGAUUGGUUCUGUGUUUGUACAGCUGAUCACACUUGAGUCAUAUUUACUACAAUAAUAAAAUCUACAGAGUUGUUGUUUUUCUGCUGUGAUCACCACCAGGUCUGAGUCCACGCUGCUCACACUGAAUCUUUACUUUGGUUAUUAUGUCAGAGCCAUCUGCACUGCAGAAAUAAUAAAUCAUUUUGUCUGAGCUUGAUCUGAACUGCUAAGGUUUAACAAAACGCUGGGGCAGGUUUUUUCAAGGUAGGAAAUAGCUACAGUAUCAUGUUUAAUAUAUUUAUUUAUUUAACUUUUUGGUUUGUAGAAGAUUAAUUUUACUUUUCUUUACUCUUCAAUCAACUAAAAACUCAAUAAAAAUAAAAUUUAAGAAUCCAGCUCAUUACAAAAUGAUUUAUAAAAACAUGUUUUUGCAGUUCACUGAAGAGUUUCAUUCUUACAUGUUGAAAAAACUAAGAGAGUUUUGUUUUGCAUGUCGUUACCUUAUGAUCAUUAUUUUAAAGAAAAGCCCUGUUACUAAGAGGUUAAAUGAUAAAUAGAUCAACGUUUGACACAUGUACAUGUGUAUAUACAUGUGAAGUUUGAGGGAAAUAUGUUGAAGCAUUCUUGAGAUACCAUGUUCACAAGCAAGGGAUGAUCAUUAGGCCCAAUUACCCCGACCUUUAGCCAAUGACUUCCAAAAUCUAUGUUUUGCAAAGUUUGAAGAAAAAUCCCUCAGUGUUCCAGAAUAUCACUUUCACAAGCAAGGGAUGAACCUGAGGCCCAGCUACUUUGGCUAUUGACCUCUAAACUCAAAAAAAUUAUUCAGUUCAUCCUUGAGUCAGAUUGGACAAGAUUUGGAGAAAAUCCCUCAGAGCAUUCAUUAGAGACUUAAGAUAACGUUAUGACCCAGCUACAAUGAACUUUGACCUAUAACCUCCAGAAACGUAGGUAAACCUUGAGAAGAAGUGGACGUUUUUCCAAGGUUUAAAGUAAAUCCAUUAAAGCAUUCUUGAGAUGUCCUAUUGAAAAGCAAGGGACGAUUAGAGGCCCAACUAUGUUGGCUUUUGACCUACUGCCUCAAAAAUCUGGGCUGUUCAUCCUAUAGGCAGAGUGGACUUUUAUGCAGAGUUUCAAGAAAAUCCAUCAAACCAUUCUCAAGAUAUCUCAAAAUAUAUAUCACAUUACAAACAAGGGAUAAACAUGAGGCCCAACAACACUGCCCUUUGGCUUUUAGUCUUUAAAAGUGUUGUCAGUUUAGUUGAGUCAGAGUGUUAAUAUGGACAAAGUUUAAAAGCAAAAUACUCAUUUUUUUCAGAAGAUAUCAAGCUUAAAUGCAAGGGAUGAACAUGUGCCCCAAUAACCUUGGCCUUGAACCUAUUACUUCUGAAAUCUAGUCAGUUUAUACUUGAGUAAGGGUGAACAUUUAUCCGAAAUUUGAAGAAAAUCCCUCAGAGCUUUCUUAAGAAAUUGCAUUACAAACAAGAGCUGAGCAUAAGGCCCAAUGAUCUUAAACCCUGACCUACAACCUACAAGAUCUAAUCAGUUUAUCCUUGAGUCAGAGUGGACAAUUUCACAAAAUUUGAAAAAACCCUUCUUAAAAUGUUGCAUUACAUACAAGGGAUGAACAAGAGGCCCAACAAAACUGGCCUUUAGUUUCUAAAGUAUUAUCAAUUUAUUCUUGAGUCAGAGCGGUAGUAUGGACAAAGGUUAAAAGAAAAAUACUGCCUCUGGCCCUAGCUGUUGUUGGCACAGAGGCAUAUUCUUCAAACAUAUCAAGACAGUUUUUAUGGGAAUAAUUCUUGAAUUUGAUAGAAUAAUACUUAUGCAAAAUGAAAUGUUUUUUUCAAUGAAUGUUUUAUGAAUGAAUGAAUGAAACUCUUCAGUGAAUCAGCCAGUGGCUCAUAUAUUUGUAAAAAUUAACUUAAAGGUGUAAAUGGUUUGAAAAAUGUUCUCUGUGCUCAGUUCUGGUGGCCAGUGAGACUUUUUAAUCAUUCUCCAUUUGUACCAUAACAUCCUGUUUGUAAAAGCUUGGUGAGGAUGAUCCCAUCCAGAAACAAGUCAAGUUAAAAACAUGUCUGACUCGGCAAGUUUUAGUUGAACUUUAUAUUAUUUGUGUAAUUUUUCAAGCAAGUCAGAGUGUGCCCACAGUUCUACAUCAUUGAACAGAGAUUCCAGCUGCUGUUACAUCCUGCUUGUCCAAGUAUUUCUUUUUUUAAGUAACUGAAUACUAUGGCCAUGCCUGCCAUCUGCUGUAAAGGAACCGUUCUAUGUUUUCAUUAACAAGGGAUAGUUGGAGGUCCUGCCAUGUUUUUACAAGAGAAGAUCUCAGAAACUCAUGGCAGGAACAUUACAGAGUUUUUAAAAUCAUGGUGUGUGAACUGCUUGAUUCUGGACGGGACAAAACCUGCAAAACUUCUAGUUUAACAAGACCUUAUAACUCAGUCUUACUCUAAAGAGACAAAAACUGUCAAAGCUUAAUUACAGAACUGCUCUUGCAAAAUUUGAAGCUUUGACCUAAGAAAACAUUUGUUGGGCAUUUUAAGAAUAUAUUCCAAUAAACUACAAAUUAAGGAUCUCAAGUACACAUUAAAGUUGAGCUAACAGGUCUGUGCUCAACUGCUGCUAACAUGAGAUCUUGACUCAUCUUGUUUUCGGUUAUUCCAGUGACAACGAAUGAAUUUAGACCUCAAAAAUGACUGAAAUUUACUCGCUGUCACCUGAAAAGCAGUUUUAUACAGACUAUAGAGACUUCUUUAAGUUUUAAAGAAAAGUUUCCAGUUCUCUCUAUCUGCUGUUACAGGUCUUGUUGAAGUAGAGAUGUUUGCGGCUGUUUGGUCGGGUACAAAGUGUGAAACCCAGCGAAGAGAACAUCAUCAUUAGUCUGCCAGUGGCUCUCUCAGGACCACUUCCUGGGUGUCCGGCGCUUCAUUAUGGAUCCCAACGUAGUUCUCGGCAGAAAGAGAAGUCUCCCACAUCAAUUCGACUGAAACGUUAUUAUGUAAAAUAUGAAUUAAACUGACCCAACCUGGACCAAUCACAGCUUCUGCCUGAAAUUCUGCUGGGAUGCAUAAUUUUGGGAAACAGGUGGCCUCUUGGGUCGAGGCCGUCUGCAGUGUCGCCUGUUUGAAAACACUGAAAAUUAAAAAUGUGUACAUAGUGCAACCCUGUAAAUACGCAAAUACUAAUGGAGACUCUAUUUUAUGUAUGAGCUGAGAGAGAGUGGAGCUAACUUAAGGAGAAGUAUUUGAUUUGAUGUUUUUUAUUUGUAAAAGAGGGAAAGUGUACAGUGAGGACAGAAAGAGAAAGAAAUGAUGAUGAAUUUAUGACUUUAUGAAUUGUACAGUUGAAUCUCUUCAGUUUGAUUGUUCUUUUGUUUUCUAUCUUAAGCUUGGGGUUGUUUCUGUUUUGUUUGAUUUUGUACAGAAGUGGUUGUUUACAUCAAUACAAGUCCUUAUUUCUGUGAACGUCAGACAGGCAAUUUGAUUGGUGCAGAGGCUAAGGAGGAGGCGGGACCUGGAAGAACAUGGUAGUUGAGCUGGAAAUUUCAGGGAAAACACUAUGUAGGAUCACAAGGAUAAAAAGUAUUGUUGUUUUACUUAACAUUACAUUACCUUGAUUUUAAAUAAACUUUAACAAUUUCGAUAAAAUAUUUUGAAAGGCAUAUUUUAGAAGUCUAAAAAUGAUCCUUUAAAUGUAAAUCCAAGACUACAACAUUUAUAAUUUCAAGGCAGUAAUUCUAAAUAGUUUGCGAUUAGAUCAAAUUCGUUAGUUCAAAGUUACAUAACAUUCAGGAAAAUAUCAAAGAAUCAUCUGCAUAUUUUAAUACUUUUAAUGAAAUCUCUUUUAUUGAAUCAAACCCUCAGAAAAAAAUGUAAUUUUGCAUGAAAAUGCUCAAAAUAUGCAUGCUCCUAAAAAUGUUUUCUUUGUACUGAAUGAUGAGUAUCAUCCUAUUAUUUGAAAAAUCUAGAAAAAUGUGAAGUCUUAUGUGAAUUCUUUUUUGUUUUUUAAUUAUUUCUGGUCAAAUUUAAGCUUUAUGUUGAAAUCCUGACACCUCCUCAUCAGGUCAAAGAAUUCCUUUUUUAAUAGUAUUGAACUCACCUUUUGAAAUAAUUAUCUCACUUAAUCUUUACAGUAUUUUUCCUGCUUUAUUAUCAUUUAACAUGUUUUAUCAGAUCAGUUGUUUUCAACCAGUUUCUGCCGUAGCUUUUCCCUAAAUACUGCCAUCAAUCCCUUUGCCUUCUAUAGAAUAAAACCAUGUUAAAGUUCAUUAUGAUUUAUCUUUAUUUUAGCAGAAUUGUCUUUCAGUGACAAAAGUAUUAAGAUUCAAGAAAAUCAUAAUCAUAAUAUGGAACACUAAAAUGUAUGAUUUGAUAACAUUUUAAGGAAGUUCGCUUGUAAUUUGUAGAAGCCAGACCCAGAAACUGACAUAGAAGUUUAGUGGCUUAAGUUGAUUGAUUCAUUUGAAAGAUACUGGAUCUAAUGCUGCUGAAGUAUUCAAACAGUGCAGUUUUUCUGUCUGAUGCUGAUCUGGUCUCGUCUCCUCCGGACUCAAUGCUCCCCCUGCUGUCACACUACAGACACUGAAAUAAAACCUU